AAUUAUGUUGAUGUGUAAUUAAAAAACAUGUUUUUAAGACCAUUUAAAAAAUAAUACUAUGCAAGAAACACUUAAUUUUAGGAUGUACAGAGUAUCUAUACACUACCAACUAUAGUUUUUAAUCAGGAAUGUAAAAAUACAAAUUACGAAUAUUACUAACAUUAAAAUAAGAUACACCCGAAUUUAUAACAGAAUCUACCCCGCAUAUAAGCCGUUAUAGGCCACUACUUUCGCACGAGUGGUGAAAUAAUAUCCCUUUCCCUUAGUACAAAAAUGAAUAUUUCAAUAAUUCCAUCCAAAAAAUAAAAAAAUAAACGGCAUUUUGGCAUCUUUGAUCCUUCGAUUCUCAGCAUAUUAUUUUCUCUCUCCAAAUUUUCCUCUCCCUUUAAAUACACCCUUUCUCUCUCUCCUCCUCAACACACUCUUCCUUCCUACCAUAACCACCACAUUGUCCAUCUAAUCAAUUUUAUUUUUUCACAACAACAAAUUAAAUUAAAACAAAAAAAAAAAUGAACGGCCUUGAUUCACCCUUAGAGUCAUUAGCCUUCAUCCCAGUUAAUCUUGGCCCUCUAUUAUCCGCCGUACUUAACAAUAUCUGGGCAUGGCUCGCCGUUGUCACCGCCGCUGUUAGCUUCUGGCGCCUUCGUAACUCAUCCGUCAAAACGACGUCGUCCCACAUUCUAGAACCAGCUCCUACGGUUCCCAAAACGACGCCGUUUGUUAGAAAAGGCGGUGUCGAGGAAAAGGAGAGAGAAACUGAAGAUGAAGAUGAAGAUGAAGAAGAGGGGGUGUUGACGAGGGGAAACAGUAAAAAGUUUUUUACUGUUUUUUACGAGGAGAGAGAAAAUGACGAGGGUAAAAAUGACGACGGUGAAAUGGACGGUGGAGAUUAUAACGAUGACGAUGAUGAAGAAGUUGAUGAGAUGAAGAAUAAUGAAUGGGUGAUGAUUAAACGAUGGGGUUCGUCUUCCGAAUUGACGGUCGAGAUGAGAGGAGGUGAUUUAGGAUGGUAUAGUUACCAAAAUAGGAAAGUGAUUGAUGGUAGUGUGGUUAGAUUAUGGGGUGAGGAGGGUGAAAUUGGUUGUGCUUCUCCUAGGAGUUGUCGAAAACGGGUCUAUUCAUCGCGUAAAUUAUCCACCUCUAAUAGUUUUUAAUAAGCUGUCGGGAUUUUACUAGCCCGAAACUGUUAAAUAUUCUUUGAUCGUGAAUUAGAGGUGGGUACUGGGUAGUUUAUCCGAUGGGUAGAUGGAGCUGUCGAUCUCUCGUAGAGUCGUCCUAUGGUUCGAGUUUCGACAUUGGUGCUAACGUGAAGUUGAAGGAUUAAUGGAUUAUAAUGUUGGUAGGUUAAUCAUUGAUUAACUUUUAACCAAUUCAAAUAAUUCUUCCUACUAAAGUAAUGCUACUAGUACUUUUUUUUUUUUUAAUUAUUACUCUAGCAUUUGUAAUUGUACAUGUAUAUUAAUCAAUGAUUAAAUUUACUCAUUUUGUUAUGGUUUAAUUUCACUUGAAUGUUGUCUGGUUGAGUUGUUAGAAUUCCUAAUGACAAUGGAGUUGUAUUAUUCCAAAAUUUUGUUCGUUAUUUUUCCCCAGUUGCGUACUCUUCAUUCAAUUGCUUCUAACUAUUAUUGGUUAUUUACCUCCUCUCUAUUUUAUUUUAAUUUUUUAGAUUGUUAACUUCAUUACUUUUCUAAUUGCUCCAC